ACUGGGGCAACUUGUCCAGUAGAGCGCACCAUCAUGGGAUACAGUACGUGGAUGCUACUCUGCCUCACAUGGGACUCGUUCGUGCCGAGCUCGCAGAUCUUGACACAUGUGGAUCGCUAUCAUGUAGUGAGACCUCAGAGAUUGCACGAAAGAGGAAAAAGGAGCCUGUUUCCGAACCAGCUUUAUCCCGAUGCAAUAGACUAUGAAUUGGCAAUUGAAGGAAGGAACCAUACCAUUCAUCUUGAAAAAAACAGGAAUCUCUUCGGAAGGUCUUACACCGAAACGCACUAUUCAGAAGAUGGACAGAGGGUGACAGAAGCGCCAGAUGUGGACCACUGCUACUAUCACGGCCAUGUCAAGGGCGUGACGGACUCGUCUGUCAGUGUUGGGAUUUGUUCAGGCAUCAAUGGCUUUGUGAGGGCUAGGCAACAGGUUUAUCUCAUAGAGCCUUUGGAAGACCGAGACGAUGGGGACCACGCUGUGUACAAACAGGAACACCUCAAAGUCAGCAGCAGUCCUCGCUGCGGCUCCUCCAGCAACAUCACUGCCUAUGACCAUGACCAGGACUUGGGCCCCAAGCUCUCCGGCCUCUUCAGAUCUAGACCCUGGAAAAGGAAACCUACUCCAGGUCCACAGCGGUUUGUUGAGUUGAUUGUGGUGGUCGACAAUGCAGAGUACAGACGUUAUGGAAGCCAGACGAAAGCUCGAAUCCUAACAGUUGUAAAUCAUAUUGACAAGCUGUAUCGACCCCUGAACAUUCGCAUCAUGCUGGUGGGGCUGGAGAUUUGGACGUACAGAGAUUACAUUAAUGUUGCCCUGAAUUCAGAGACCACGCUGGACAGAUUCCUUCUGUGGCGCCAGGAAGAUCUUCUGAAGAGGACAAAGCAUGACAAUGCCCAGUUUGUGACUGGCAUAGAUUUUGAUGGCGAUACUGUUGGACUGGCAAAUAAGUUUGCCAUGUGUACUGCAAAUUCAGGUGGAGUCAAUCAGGAUCAUCACAGCAACCUCAUUGGCCUUGCCUCCACCAUUGCCCAUGAGAUGGGACAUAAUUUUGGCCUUUCCCACGAUAGCCCAAGUUGUUCGUGUGGCUCAUCUUAUGGCAGUGAUACCUGUGUCAUGGCAGAAAAGCUCAGGACAGGAACUCAAUCAUUCCCAGAGUUGUUCAGUGACUGUAGUGAAGAGCAGCUGUCUGAAUUCUUUGAGAGAGCUCAGCCCAAAUGCCUGCUCCAGCCCAGCUCUGUUAAGACCAUGUUUGGAGACCCUCUCUGUGGCAAUGCCAUAGUGGACUCUGGGGAGGAGUGUGACUGCGGCACCGUGGAGGAAUGCAAGAAUCCCUGUUGUGACGCUUCAACCUGCCGCAUGACAGAGGGAAGCAAGUGUGCUCAUGGAGAAUGCUGUGAAAACUGCCAGUUCAAAGAAACUGGAAGUAUGUGCAGGAGGUCUGCGGGUGACUGUGACCUGUCAGAAUACUGCACUGGGUUAUCUGGAAAUUGCCCAGAAGAUAGCUUUAACAUGAAUGGCAAACCCUGUUACAACCAAGGAGAUGGCUACUGCUACAAUGGCCAAUGCCCCACACAUCAGCAACACUGCUGGAGACUGUUUGGAUCAGGGGUCAGAGUUGGAUCAGAUUUCUGUUUUGACCUGAAUGUUAGGGGUCAAGAGGGGUCACACUGCGGAAAAACAAACUAUGGCUUCACCCGCUGUACGCCAGCGAAUGCAAAGUGUGGAUCUAUAUUUUGUGAUGGAGGUGGGGACUCCAUCACCGGUAAAAGAGCCGUCUUCACUCUGGGAAGCCAGGCCAAAUGCGUCGUAGCUGUCGAUGGCAACGAGACCAGGAAACUUGAUAUGGUCCCUACAGGAACCAAAUGCGGACACAACAAGGUCUGCGUUGCCAACACAUGCAAGGAUAUCUUGGUUUACGGAGAAAAGGAUGAUUGCGCAAAGAAGUGCAACAACAAUGGGGUGUGUAAUCACAAGAGGGAGUGCCACUGCAACGCCGGCUGGGCACCGCCUUACUGUGAAACCCAUUACACAGACCUACCUCAAGACCAGAGUGGACUGAUAGCUGGUAUCUGUGCCGCGCUGAUCAUCCUCAUAGUCCUCGUUUUAGUGACUGCAGGACUGAUGUGUUGUAAAAAGACAGACAGAGAAAACUACACCUCUAAAAGGAAAGUCCACUCUGCCCCAGACAGGUUAAACCCCAUGUUCCAGGAGCAAAGUACCAAAGGGAGACCUCAGAUCAGCCAGCCGACUUUUAUGGAGUCGACGGCCAUGCAAGCCUGCACUCCUCUGUUUGUCACUGUUGUCCCCAACAGACCGCCUCCACAGCCUCCAAAGAAAUCGUCAGUGGAAAUGACUACUCCUCAUUCUGAUGCAUGGAAACCUCAACCUCCAUCCAAACCUUUGCCACCUCUGAACGGCACGCAGUAUAACGCAGCCGAGUUGAGCCGAGCUCCCCCUGCACCUCCCGUGAAGCCGAGUCCUCCUCCAGUCCCUCCAGUCAAGCCUUGUCCUCCAGCUGUGCCGCCAGUGAAGCCCAAAUUUUCAAGGCUCACAUGAAAUCCUCAGAGCUGAACUCAGGGUGAAGCACGAAUACGAGGAGCAGAAUGAUGAGUCACAGAGGCAGUUGGAAAAAUUCACUCCGUGGUUUUAAAGACGUGUUGGAUGGAUGGAUGGCGCUGAUGUAAACUUGGGAGAAUGCCUUUGAUGAUGACACAAGACCCACACUGGUUUGAAUGGGUCGAUGUCUCUCAGCUACUGUGGAAAAGUGGUUUGCGGAAAAGAAAAGGAAAAAAAACAACACUGGUGCAUGAUUUUUUUUUAAUUGCCUUUUUAAAAAAAAAUCCUUUUGUGAAAACUCCUUUGAAAUGAGUAUUAACAGUCUUUCUUACAUGUCAUUGCACUUUUAUAAGGGUGAGCCAAGUGGUACUCAUGUGGAAUUGUAUCCUUUGAUACAACUUAUUUAACUGUUUUGCUUAUUGUGUUCAAAGCAAGUCUGUGCCUUUUUUUUUUAAGGGUUAUUUUUCAAUGCAAACCUGCUCCAAAAACCUGUUCUCUUUUUGCAUUACUUAUGAGAGUGCUUAAAAACUAAUGUAUGGUACAUAAAGUUAUGCCUGGAUGCUUCGUCACUGUUUUUAUGACCCGUGUAUUUCGCUGUAACUCGCUUUGCAGAACUUACACAAUCCGUUAUAUGUUAAUAGUCCCAGUGAAUUCAAGUGUCACUGUGUGUGUAUGCGUGUGGGUGUGUGUGUGUGUGUGUUUUGAAGUGCUGGAGCUCAGUGGUCUGAGCUUUUAUCAUAUCUUUAUUUAGCGCGAUAGUCAUGGGAUCCAUGCCUCAACAUGAAAUACAUGUCCUGCGUUUACAAAGGAUGCCUUUCUGAGCCCAGCAAACAGGGACUCGGCUGUCCUACGGUGAAUCGGAUGACCAGUAAUUUUUAUUUUAUUUUUCAGCAUUUUGUGUAUUUUAGAAUGUUAUCGCCACUUAUUUAUGGAGAGUAAUGUUUAAGAUGUCAUCGAAGUUGUGUGUCAUCUGUUGAAGCAAGUUACAUUUUACCUCGAUGAGAAAUUGCUAGAGGGCCUAUUGUUGUGGUGUGAUCGACAAGAAACCAGUCUGUGCACUUUAUUGUAAAACGAUGAUGACAUCAACUGAUACUUUAUCUCGGUGUGAACCAGAAUGUAUCAACAAGGAUUUUUUUUUCUUUCCUAUCAGCAAAUUCGUUUCGGAGCGCUUGUGGCAUUCUUUGUGUAAUAAAUUAUGACCUU